AUGCAAGACUUGAAACCUCAUUAUCUCCUUUUCACCUUGUUUAUCUUCAGUGUUUUCUCUGCAAAUCAUGCAUGCAACCAAUUAGACCGCAAUUCACUCUUGUCCUUGCUCCUCGAUUCGUCUAAUUCCACUCCUUUUAAUAGGUCUUCCAAUAAUUGCUGUCACUGGGAAGGUAUUUCUUGUGAUCAUAAAGGUAGAGUCAUCCAUCUAUGGUUACCAUCUAAAGGCCUCAAAGGGAGUAUAUCUUCCUCUCUUGGUAACCUCACACGUCUUUCUCACCUUAAUCUCUCCCACAACUCACUUACAGGUCUUCUACCUACAGGACGCUUCACAUUCUUGAAUCAACUCAGAGUCCUUGACUUGAGUUACAACUAUCUAGGUGGCCAACUUCCUAGUGGAAUCGGAGGAUGUUCUAAACUGAAGAUUUUUUGGGCAGGUUUCAACUCUUUCUCAGGAUUUCUUCCACAUGAUAUAUAUAAUGCGACAUCAUUAGAAGGAAUCUCCUUGCCGUCUAAUAAUCUUUCGGGACCCAUCAGCAAUGAAAUCAUGAACCUUACCAAGCUGACCAGGCUUGAGUUAUAUCAGAAUCAAUUGAGCGGCAAUCUACCUUUGAACUUUGGAAAGCUUUCCAAAUUGAAGCAAUUGAUCCUUCAUACAAUCUACUUAACGGGUUCUUUCUCCCGUUCUUUGCUGAAUUGCACAAAUCUCAUCCAUUUGAAUUUGCGGAAGAAUUUCUUUGAUGAAAAUAUCAUCGACAUGAAUAUAUCGAGUCUUCAUCGACUCACCAUACUUGAUCUAGGAACUAAUAAUCUCGUUGGUAAGUUUCCAGCAAGCAUUCACUCAUGUGUGUCUAUAAGAGGAAUUAGAAUUUCUCAAAACCAGCUAGAGGGACAAAUUCCACCUGAGGUGGCUCAAUUGAAAUAUCUGACUUUCCUUUCAGUUAGUUUGAAUAAGCUAACUAAUGUCACUGCCGCAAUCAAGAUUUUGAUGCGUUGCAACAUUCUUGAGGUUGCCAUCCUUGCAAACAAUUUUUUGAAAGAGUCCAUGCCAUCUGAUGUUAGUAUGAUUGAUACAGAUGGAUUUAAAAAUCUUCGACAUUUGGCGCUUUCGUCUUGCCAGUUGACCGGUCAAUUUCCCAUAUGGAUAUCUAAGCUAAAGAAUAUGCAAUUUCUAGGCUUGGCUUCUAAUCGCAUCACAGGUUCUAUUCCCGAUUGGUUGUCAACCCUUCCAAGACUUAGCGUUAUAGACUUGCAAGAAAACCUCUUUUCAGGUGAGUUUCCAAAGAAAUUUUGUGGACUGCAGGCAUUUGUGUCACCACAGGCUAUUGAUGAUAAUAGUUCUAUGACUAUGCCAAUAUAUUUUGGGAUUAAUUAUGUAAAUUCCCUCCUCUACUUUUCUCGGCAGAUAAUCCUUCGAAAUAAUAGUCUUAGUGGCACUAUCCCCACUGAGAUAGGAUGUUUAAAGAGACUUCGUUGGUUAGAUCUUAGCCAUAACAAGUUGAUAGGCACCAUUCCAACCCAAAUAUCAGAGCUCACAGACUUGGAAUAUUUGGAUCUAUCUGCAAAUCAUUUGUAUGGUGAAAUACCAGUAUCAUUAAUUAGCCUACAUUUCCUACGUGUCUUUAGCGUAGCAAACAAUAAUCUCAAUGGAGCAAUACCAGAAGGCACUCAACUCCAGACUUUUGAUGCCUCUGCAUUUGAGGGCAAUCCAGGACUUUGUGGCUACCCACUUCCUCCAUCUAGCCAUCUUACAAGCAGCAAACGAGAUGAUCAGGACAUUCAAGAGGAGGAAGAUAGACGUACAAUUCCAUGGUUUCAUGUUACUGUGGUGUUUGGCUUCAUUACAGGAUUUUGGGGAGUGUGUGCUCCUUUAGUUUUAAAUAAAAAAUGGAGAGUUGCAUAUUUUGGAUUCUUCAAUAGGCUAAAAGAUGGGUUUUAUGUGAAACUAGAAGUGUCUUUGGCCAGAUUGCAUGAAAGGAUAUAA